AUGAGGAAGUGGUAUAAGAAGAAAUAUAUCAUCCAUCUUAAAUUGAACAUAAUUAGGGACAUAUUACAAGGUAGGAUGUCCGAACUUAGUUUUUCAAGUUUUAGUAACUCCAUGAAGAUGAAGGCAGAUGUUCUUCUUCAUGUAUUUCGGAGAACACAUCAGAAGAAAGUUCAGAAGCUCAGAGAUAUCGCUUGGGCUCAUAAGGAGUCCCUUCAAGACACUAAAGUUAGAUUUCAUCCUAGAGUCCUAAAUUUGUCCCAGACUGUCUUUAAUGAAGAUGAAAAUCGGCUUUUGAACAUGGGUCUUAGAUUUUCUAUGGCCAUUUUUAACAAAUCAAAAAUAGUUGAGAACCUGAUCAUUGCAAUUGAAACCUUGUUCAGAACUUACAGAUUCCAGAAUUUGUUUCCCCUCAGAAAUAACGUCAUUUCGGUAUUGAGCAGAUUCAAGAGAUCCAAUUUCCUGAGACCCAACAAUCUAAGAGGUUUUAAUGCUUCACUUAGGUCAAUUAAAGAAAAGAUCUCAGCAAACAAUCUGCUGGUUUCGAAAGCAGAUAAGGGAAAUUGCGUGGUGAUCAUGAAUAAGGAGGAUUACAUUCAGAAGUCUGUUUAUAGCAUAAAAAAUUCUUCAGAACUCAUAAAUAAGAUCAUAGAUGUUAGGUUGGACGAUAAUACUUUGAUGGCCUCUUUCGAUGUGAAAAAUUUGUUUACCACAGUUCCCUUACCACAAACUCUGCAAGUAUUUAAGAACCUUUUGAUUCAAUCAGAAUUAUCAGACGAGAUUUGCAAUGCUGUUUAUGGACUUACUAAGUUAUGUUUGGACCAGAACUUCUUUGUGUUUGAUGGCAAAAUUUACUCGCAGGAAGAUGGUCUCAGUAUAGGAAAUGGCUUAUCACCUUUAUAUGUGGAUGAUAUUAUUAUUGCCUUUGAUGGAAGCCGGGAGGAACUCUUGGAGUUGCUGAAUUGGAUUAACAGCCUCCAUAAUAACAUUGAGUUCACCCUUGAGGUCGAAGAAGAUAAGAGCCUGAACUUUUUGGACUUGACCAUCCAUAGGACUAACCAGGGUCUUGCCUUUGACAUUUUUAGAAAACUUACUCAGACAGAUCACUCUAUAGAUAAUCUUUCGUGCCAUCAAUUGGGACAUAAGCUCUCUGCUUUUAGGGCCUACAUUAAUCGGAUGUUCAAGUCCCCAUUGGACAGUGAUAGGUUCUCGGACGAGGUGGCGGUUCUCAAGCAUAUAUCAGCGCAAAAUGGUUACGAACCAGCCAUAAUAGACGAAUUGAUCACCAAGCACCAAAAUAAAAUGGAAAUCGACCAACUGCAUUCUUCAGAAAAUCGUUCCACAACUUUAGAUAAGAAAUAUAUUAGCAUCUAUGGUAACAUCUCCCUUAAGAUAGGCAACUUGUUUAGACAGUAUAGUGAUUUGCAGAUCUCCUUUAGAUCCACUAAUACAUUGGGACAACUUUUAUCACAUAACAAAGAUCCAGUCCAUUUUUUGAACAAGUCAGGGGUUUAUAGAUUGAAAUGUGGAGAUUGCAACACUCUGUACGUUGGUAGAAGUGGUAGAAGUAUAAUUUCUAGAAUUAAUGAACACCUCACAAGCUUUAGAGUAGAUAACAACAACAAGUCUGCAUUUGGCGUACACCUUAGAGUUCAGAGCCAUAACUUUAAUAAAGAAGAAGAUGUAAAGUUGCUCCACAAUUGA